GAGAAACGAGUGUGUGUGUUAACAGAUGAUGCAAGAGGCGUUGUCAGCUGCACACUUUCAGACAUCUGCAGGCCGUUUAGCAUCAGGAAGGUGGAGUCAGCGCCGCUAUUGGCCGGAGGGGGAACAGAUCCCGACCCUGGGGACCGACACCACACCCAUCUGUAAGUGUGUGUCCAUGAGUUAAGUGUGUGUGUGUGUGUGCGUGUGUUGUCUAGCACACGCUCUGUUGUGUUGCCUCGUCUCAGAGCUGCCUGCUGACUCUCAGAGCUGUCCUUCCCUUUCCACGAAUCAAACCGGCUGGAAGUUUUGUUGUGUCGACAAGGUUUUAGGAAUGGCUACUAUUUUUGGGGAUCGACGACAGCAUGGACCCCUACCCGACUCAAGCCCCCGUUACUGAAAUAUUUCCAGAAAUAACCAAAGCUGUGACCAAGAUAACGACAACAGGCGUCAAUACAGAUGACGGAGAUUUCGCAGCUUUGAUCGGAGGAGUGGUCAGUGCGGUUCUGCUGCUGCUGAUCUGCGUCAUCACCGUGUCGCUGUGGUGUCUCUCCAGACAUAAAGGCUCGUACGUCACCAACGAGACGGACGACGACGACGACAUCGACGACGAGUCGGUCGGUUCUGACACGGCGCUGCAGAGCAAAGAGCCUCUGAAGAAGGACGACGAGGAAUAAAGGGGAAAAAUUAGAUGAACGUAGACUCCAGUAGCUCUCAAGUGGACGACUGAAGAGUUUAGUAGCUUUGGAUUCAACCACAAAGACGAGAGAAGGAAAAUCUAUCAGAAGUAGCCCGUUUUCUAAACCUGCACUCAGCAACUUUGCACAUUGGCGCCACCAAAUGGCAGCAAAAGGGAACCGUUUGUAAUGUGAGGGCUUUAGCUCUCAGAAACCCCGUCGCUUAUAAAUAAAAAAAUGGCAUUUGCUUUCUCUGCAGUCCAGACCUGCGUUUUCAUGACUCGUUCAUCAAAAAUACACUUUUCUAUUUUAAUUAAAAAUGUCAAAAUGAACUAUUCAACAUCAUAAACGGUGAGCUACGGAGGCCCUGAGGUGACAAACGUACCGACAAAAACAGAAAACUCAACUUUUUAUAAAAAGUAAACAACACGCUUUGUAGAAAACAGAUGUUUAUUUUAAAAAUUCUGAAAAGAUGUUCAAAAACACUGCAUCUACUGUUGUUGUUUUACUAUCUUGUUAUACGUUUCAUUACUCAUUCAGCAAAAACACACUUUUCUAAUUUAAUUUAAAACUAAAAAUGUCAAAAUCAGGUAUUUAACGUCAUAAACGGUGAUCUACGGUGGCCCUGAGGUGACAAACGUACCGACAAAACAGAAAAUUCAACAUUAUCUUCUAAAAAAACACGUAAAAUGAAAGAGAGAUUGUUUCUUAGAAAACAGAAAUAAUUAAUACAACUUUUAAAAAAAAGAUUACCACAAACAAGGUAAAAAUUCAGAGAACAUCUUCGAAAAUACUGCAUUUAUUUUUCUAUCUUGCAUGUUUUCUAUUUGAAAACAUAACAAAUAUAAGAAAAAAAGUGGAACAACAUUUCCAAAAACAGCAUUUUUUAACGCCGUUUUUCUUACUUUAUAUCGUUUUUUUGUUUGUCUGUUUGUUUGAUUAGUAUAUUUCCUGAUAUUUUGCUGUUUCUACAUUUUUUAAAUAGUUUUUUCUUCACAUUCUUCACAUUUCGUUAACUUAGACGCAACAGAAAAUCGAUUCUUUUUGUUGCCGUUUUGCACGUGAAGAGCACAGACUGUUUACACAAAUAAUGUGAUUAUUUACAACUAAUCGGACAGAAAAACUCAAAGAAUCAAACAAAAUGCCUCGUUUUUCACACUGCAGGAGGAAAAUUGCAACAAUAGCAACAAACUCAGCUGAAAAUAACAAAUGCUUUUAGAAAAAUGUCUGUUUUUGCAAAAUUGGAAGCUUUAAUUCAGUUUUAGUGGCAGUUCUAUUUAACCAUGAGAAACUCUUGGAGCUUUUCUGCUCCAAAUGUCUCAUUUUCAGCAUUUUACAUCAGACAAAUGUGAUUUUUACAGCAGAAUAAUCGUUCUGCCAAAGAAGCUGUGAGGCCAAACUAGCUAACGAAGCAGGCACUGAUAAACAUCUAAACUGCUGGUGGUUUUCUGCCCCAUUUGCUGCCAUAUUUUAACUCCUAACUCCAGAUCAAACUCUGACUAAAACGUUUAUUUGACUAUUUUCUUUCCCAAAUGGUGCAUUUCUGUCUGCUUCUUCUCUAUUUUACUGGACGUUUUUUGACAAAGGAAAAACGAGAAGCAACGAGCUACAACAAGAAAAGUCGAAGCAAAUCAACGCUUAGUUGGAACAAAUCCAUGUUUUGUACUGUUAAAGUAGUGACAGAAGAGAUUUAGUGGUUUCCUAUGUCAUGAUUGUGAUGUUUUUCUAAGAAUAAAGGUUCAACUUUCUGA